AUGAUGAUUAAUAAAUUAACUCUAAAUUUUAAAUCGAAAAGUAUUGAAAAGGAUUAUAGAAACUUGUAAUAAAACUACAUAAAAUAAGAAUUUACAUUAUUUUCGAUACACACAAUUGUAAGAAUAAUAUUGAUUUUAGUUAUUUUUUAUAGCUUAUAUAUUAUACUACUUUUAAGAAUUUACUUUUAAUGGAGUAAUUAUAGCAAAUAUUCUAACAUUUAUGUUGGCAAUAGUAUUGUUGAAAUUUAUAAUAAAUUCUCAUCCAGCCUGGAAUGAAUAUAUUUUACCAAUACUUUAAAUAUAUAUUGCUUACAUUUGGAAUUUAGAUAAUUUAUUCCCAACAACUAUAGAAGAUCCUAAUUAUGAUCCUAAUGCUAGUUAUGAAUAUAAUUGGUAUUAUGGAUUAUAAGCUUUCUACUUUCAUUUUGGUAACUUAUAAUAUUAUGUAUAAAGCAAUUUUACAACUUGGUUAUUAGAUAUGGCCUUAAGCAAUUGCUCUGUUACUUAUUUAUAUAUAAUAUGCUAGUUAUUAUCCUACAGAAACAUUAGAAUAUUCAACUAUCUGUUUAACAAUAUUUUUGGUUUUUAUUGGCUUAGUAGUGAUGAAAUAUUCGAAUGAGAAAAUUAAACGACUUUAAUUUAGAGAUAGUAGAGAAUAAAAUAGAUGGAUAAAAAUUAUAGAUUAUGUUUUAGAGUAAUCUAUUGUUGUUAUUAAGCUUGAUUAAAAAUAAGAUUAAUUAAUAUUGUCAUAAAUUAAUGAUAUAUCAAAAACAAGAUUAAAAAUUUAAAAUAAUAAGGAAUUUAGAGAGAUGCUUAGAAAUGUAUGUUCAUUAUUAUUUUUUAGAUGAUUAUAGAAAAUCAUUAAUUUGAGAAGGAUGAAGUUAAAUAAAAAAAUUUAGAACAAGAAAUAAGAGAUCUCAUAAUUAAAAACGAAUAAUAUAGAUUUAUUACUCAUUAAGUAGAUGUACGAUCAAAUGUUUUACAUAAGGAAUACAAGGUUAAAUUGAUUUAGUAAGUUUUAUCUGAUGAAUAUUGUGUAAUUGCAAUAUUUGAGUAAAAUUUUAAAAAUGAAAAUAAAUAAAUCUAAUUAGAAGUUAGGUGCAAAGAAAAUUUAUUUUUGUAUUUAAUAAAAUAAUUCUUUUAAUAAAUCAAAACUGCAAAUACUAAAUUAGCAAUUUUACAAUCAAUGAUUAAUUUUUAAUAAAUUCGUUUAUUACUUAAUGAUCAAAAUCUUAAGAUUAAAUAAAGUUGGGUUUCAACUAAUUAGAUACGUAAUUAAAUUAAUUUAAUAUAUUCAAAGAAAAUAAAAAUUACUAUAAAAAAAGAAUUGUAAGGAUUUAAUACUAAUCAAAUUUAUUUAUUCAGUAUUUUAAUGAGCAUUACAUAAAUUUUUGAUGAAUUUUAACACUUUAAAAUAAAAGGCAAGACUAUACUAAAUAUUUAAAGAGUAAAGUUUACAUUAAUUGGAAAGAUGAGUGAUUUGUGUUCUAAUUAAAAAUUAUUAUUAUCAAAUUUAAACUUAAGUUAAUCCCUUAAAGAGAACUAGAAGAUAAUUUUAAAGCAACUUUAAAAAUUAAUUCAUAAUAAAAUUAUACCUGUUAGAUAGAAAAAUCAAAUAAUAUCAAUAUACUUAAAUAAAUUUCUCUUAUGGGAAGGGUUCAGAGAAAAACAUUACAAUCUGAAAUGCAAAGAUGGUUUAGCACAUUUGUCUUUUGAGUUUGAAGUCUGA